CGGCGGCGGCGGCUGAGCUGGGGCGGCCGCCGCUCGGACCGGCCCGGCCCGGCCCAGCCCCGCCGUGCCGCCGCGCUCCCUCCGGGCAUGGGAGCGGAGAGGGGCGGAGGGGAGCUGCCGCGCGGCGCCGAGCGGGCCUGGGGACGGCCCCCGGCCAGUCCCCGGCCCAUGGCCUUCAUCAUGAUGAAGAAGAAGAAGUUCAAGUUCCGCGUGGAGCUGGAGCUGGACGAGCUCUCCUCCGUGCCCUUCGUCAACGGCAUCCUCUUCUGCAAGGUGCGGCUGCUGGACGGCGGCAGCUUCAGCGGGGAGUCCUCCCGGGAAGUAGUACAGGCAAACUGUGUCCGCUGGAAGAAAAAGUUCUUAUUUAUGUGUAAAAUCAGUGCCAGUGCCACAACAGGGAUUUUAGAUACUUGCAUUUGCAGGGUGUCUGUACGGAAGGAGUUAAAAGGAGGAAAGGCAUAUGCAAAGCUGGGAUUUGCAGACCUAAACCUUGCAGAGUUUGCUGGAUCAGGAAAUACCACUCGUCGAUGUUUACUGGAAGGUUAUGAUACCAAAAAUACAAGACAGGAUAACUCCAUUCUCAAAGUUUUGAUCAAUAUGCAGCUAAUGUCUGGAGACCCAUGCUUUAAAACGCCCCCUUCGACAGGAAUGUCUAUAGCAAUUGCUGGAGAAUCAGAAUCUCUUCAGGAAGACAGGAAAGGUGGAGAAAACGUAAAAGUAGUACAUCUGGGCAUAGCAGAUGUGUCAUCAAAGAGUGCCUCAGUCCCAGAUGAACUUGGUGCAUGUGGACAUUCCAGAACAUCAAGCUAUGCAAGUCAGCAGUCAAAACUGUCAGGAUACAGCACAUGCCACUCCAGAUCAUCCAGUCUAUCUGAACUCUCUCACAGGAGAAACACCUCAGAGGGUAGUACCUCAACAGGAAUUGGAAGUAUUCUGGAGCCAUGUGACGAGUCUGAGCCAAAAGUAGCUAAUAUCGAUACUUCUGUUAAACAUGCACCAUCAGAAAAAGUCUGCAGACAUCCUGUAAAGCAAGACUCUGUGGAGUCACAGCUGAAGAGGGUUGAUGCUACCAGAGUUGACGCUGAUGAUAUAGUCGAAAAAAUACUCCAGAGUCAAGACUUCAGUUUAGACUCAAGUGCAGAAGAAGAAGGUUUAAGAUUAUUUGUGGGCCCUGGUGGAAGCACUUCUUUUGGAAGCCAUCAUCUACCUAACAGAGUAGGAUCUGGAGCUUAUGAGCAAGUGGUGAUAAAACGCUAGACUAGAAUGAAAAACAAGAGGAAAACUCGGAGCUCUGACAUUGGUAUUUGGUUUUGUUUGCUCUGUGGCAAAAGUUGUCAAAGCCAAGAUCAACUCAAUGUGGUCUUUUCUUGAAAGGCAAUGGAAUGUCUCUUGCUUACAGAGCUUCAUCCUCUGUGGUUUGAAAGCAAUGUAUAGCUAUGUAUACCUUGUGCAAGUAGUUGGACUGUUUUUGUAAGCGCCACUUGACGUUAGUGGAAUUGCUUGCUCUUUAAGUUGUGCAAAACAUUUUUGGAAGUAUGAUGAAAUGAGAAUUCAUUAUUUCAUACAAGAGCUCAUUUGUGGUGACGAACUUUGUUCAUAGCUUCUUUUCUAAAGAAGAUUCUUAAAGUUGGUCUUAAAUGAACCUAAAGAAAUUAAUUACUCAAUUUGAUCCUACCUGCCAUUUUAGUGUUACAGAAUCUAAUUCUAUCAAGUCAACAUUAUUAUUAAGUCAAAGUUCAGGCCUCCACAAAAUAGCACAGCUAUGUUUUAACAUAACAAAAACCUUCCCUUAAAAGUACUGAUCAUAAAUUCAUUAUAAGGUUGAACUGUAGAGGUGAACUUCACAUGCAUUUAUAAGAAAAAAAAAAACAAAAAACAACAAAAACCCCAAAACCAAAACAUGAUAGAUCUAAACCAACCAGUGACCAGUUCUGUUAAGUGUAAAUGAAGUCUAAAGGCUCUUAACACAUGAAACAUGACAUCUGUUUUCAUGCAAGUGACAAAAGAAGCGGGAUUUCACAUUAAAAUACUAAGGUACAGUAGUGUAUUAUCAAGAAAGCUGGCCUGAUUGUUAAGUCUGGAGUUCAAAAGCUGCUUCCACAGAAACUCAAAUAAUGCAUGAACCUUGAGAUUCAAUGGGAUAGUACUGUUUACAAACCUAGUCAGUAGUUUACUACCACUUAGAACUUUUUAUUGUAGCUUAAUCCUUCACAGUUAGUGCUUUGCUUAUGUGUUGAAUGUGCCUUGCAGGACUGGGGAGGUAUAGGGAAAUUAAACCAUUUACUAAGCAAUUUUAGCUUUAAAACUAGGUAAACAUCUAUGCUAUUAUCAAUAUAACUUAUUAAGAGCACUUUAUUGUAGACAUACUCUGCACUCUGAAAAAGUCUUACUGUGCAUCAAAUUUGUUGAACAUUUCUUCCUUCACUAUCUGUCCACUGUUACUUUAAGGUCAAUGUACUGUAUUUAAAUUUGCACAAAUAAUGAUUUUGCCUGACAGGCAAGAAAGAUGAAAGCUCCCUUAAAAUUUUCAAUAAGUAUGAAAGACUCCAUUUUGAAAGGGAUGUGGUAGGUGACAGUUCUAAUUCAGGCUUGGCGCUACUGUACUUAAUUGUAAAGUGCAAAUUACUUGUUUAUUAGUAAGGCUUAAAUAAAAAUACAAAUAGUGUGGCCAUUUCUGAAAUUCCUGAAUGUUUCAAAAUCUACUCUUUGACAACCUUUUAUUGAAGAAUAAGUAGGCCAUAUUUAAUAGAUUAUAUUAGGAAAAGCAGGCUUUGUUUUCCAUAAAUCCAUAGAAUAAUUAUUACAUUAAUUUUUGUUUGGGGGGUUAAGGAAAUUUCAGACUUUAAAGCCUGAGUACUGUUACUGAAUAUGAUUAAUAUAAGCUAUUUCUCAGAUAUGGUACUUAAAUACGUUUACUUCCUACUGUUAAUUAUAAUCUUUUUACAGUGUUUUAAUGGGCAAAAUAAUUAAUAUAAAGGUUAUAUUUUACCUGCUCUUAAUAGAAGUGUGGUAUUAUCCGUUUCUGUCCUCCACAGGAAUUUCAUUUUAAACAGAAAAUACAUAACUGCUAAUCUACUAUAUAUCUCCCAGAAAAUGGUAUUUUCUUUUCUUCUUACAUAACUAAUUUGUACCAAAAGAAUCCUACUGCAAGCCAAAGGAUGCAUGAUACUUCAAUAAAUUAUUUGCUUUCAGUACUCUGGAACACUGCUACACUUCUUGGUAAAUUUAUUAAAACUAACAGUAGUUUAGAUGGUAGCUUACUUAAGUUUACUAGGAAAAAUACACACAGUUUGAAGAAAGCAGAUUUUUUAAAAACAUUGUAUAGCCAUUCAUGCAAUUCUUAAGGGAACUUCCAUAGCCUAGAUUUGUAUUCUGUGUUAAAAGAUGUAGCUAACUGCCAUACAUUGGGUAUUUUGUUUACUGGAAACCAAUUAUUUUCUUGCCUGAGCAGAUCUUUUAAAUAGUAUGGAAGUUUACAUAGAAAUCAAGCUUUUAAUAAAAGUGUAACCUAGUAAUUUAUUGUUCUGACUUACAGCUACAGCUCUUUAUGAAGUGACUCUCUAAUUGUGCAUAUUUUAAGUGGAAUAUAACCUUCAUAUUUAGAUGUAGGUUUGUUUUGUUUUUUUUUGUAAACUGUGUUAUAAGAAUAUUGAAGACUCAUUUAGGAAACUGUUCAGGAUGUAUUGGUGGUCUUUUUUUUAUUGUAUUUAAAUGCAAAUCUCUCAGACAUUCAAUAAACUCAUGUCUUCAGCUUGGAA